UAUCCAGUCUGAGUUCUCGAACAGCGUUUACGGUCAUGGUGACUGCCGCGUCCUCCUCCAACCUCAGCCCUCCGGUCAGCCGCAUUAUCAACACCAACGAAACCGCCCCAACAUCCCCACCUACCAAUCUAGAGGGAGAGAGGGUAGGCUCCAAUGGGAUCCUUCUGUCUUGGACCAUGCCCUCUGACUCUCCCAUCGACGGUUAUGUGAUCAGGUACAAGGAGAUGUGUCCAUAUCCAGAUACCACCUUCAAAGAGGUGACCAAGCACCUGGAUGUCCCUGAGACCCUCCUCAACCUCUUUUUACCAGGAUCUACCUAUAACAUUAAGCCCCCCGGCCUGGUGACUAAUCUGACAGCAUUUGCUCAGAACCACACGUUCGUAGUGGUCACGUGGUUCCUGCCGCUCCGCAUCAACGGUCUGAUCAACAAGUUUGCGGUCAAAGCCAAACACGCUCGUACCGGUCAGACCGUCCGCAUGCUGGAGCUGGAUGCUGAGGAAAUCAUGACCGUAGCGCUACCACACUGCAACGAUGCAGUAGAAAUCUUGUCUCGUGGGACCGCAAGUCCAUCAGAGGUGACAGCGUCCUCUCCUCCUGUCACCCUGUCAGCCGUCCCACCUGCCACCACAUGGGCUGUACCAAUAUCCGUAGGGGUGGACCAGCUGCGUCCCUACACAGCAUACGUCUUCGAAGUGUCCGCUUUCACCUCUGACGGAGAGGGACAGGUAGCCUCCACCAUGGUCCGCAUGCCUGAGUCAGCCCCAGAGGACCCACCCUACAACCUGUCGGUAUGGAAUGUGACGUCUAAGUCAGUCUCUGUCUCCUGGGAUCCGCCAACUAUUGUUACCGGACGCUUCAGCUACGUCACCCAUCUCUACGGCCCCACAGGGUUUAUCUAUGAGAACAGCACAGGGGACCUUAAGUUUGUGUACUCUGGUCUGACUCCCUACACACACUACAGAGUAGAGGUCCGGGCCAAGUCUGCUGGCCUGCUGGGGCCUGAGGCCUUUUCUGCUGUACUGACACAUGCUGAGGCUCCCAGUGCGGUGCAGGCUCUGCAGGCAGUAGCACUAGACUCUGUGUCGGUGGGUGUGAGUUGGAGAAGCCCUGCCCAGCCCAAUGGUCUGAUCACACAGUACAGACUCCUGGUUCUGUCUGACAACACACUGCUGCAGGACAUCACUCUCAUCGGAACACAGAACCUAAAUGACACUGAUCUCCAUGGUGAUGGAACAUUAGUGCCAGGUAUCCCUGGUGACUCUCUGCGGCGUAAGAGAUCAGCUGACCUCAGCCUGACCACCUCUCCGCUUGCAUUUACGGUCACCCUGCCCGACCACACGGUCGUCACCGGCAUGACCAUGACCACAACCAGCCGCACACACAGCGCUUCAACCGCCCCUGACCUUAAUCCUAACCUUGACCACAACAGUUACACUGUCCCCACAGUCACUGAGAGCCCCAGUCUGACCAGUAUGGGCCCUGGGACUGGGACUGACCAGACCUUUGAUGCUGUAACUUCAGGGACUUCUGUCCUCUCCCUGACCUCUUCAACCCCGGCCACACCCCUCCCCUGGCUCACUGCCCACUCACAGCCCGGCCAGCUCACCUCUGGCCAGCCACGCCUCUCCACCCGCUCUGCACCUGCAGUCACUGGACACCUCCAGACACUCCCCUCCACCAGGUCUGCAGCCUCCAGCACCCCGGGAGGACUGUAUGUGAGAGAGGAGGUGAUAGACAUGAAGUCUGAGGAGCUGUCUUACCUCGUCUCUGGUCUUAGUCCCUUCACUGAAUACACCUUCACCGUUACCGCGGCUACCGCUAUUGGAGAGGGUCCUGCCUCACACGUCUCUGAGAAGACCCGCGAGCAAGUUCCUAGCUCGGUGGUGGCUGUGUCCUAUCAGAAUGUUAGCUCCACUUCCAUCCUGGUCAGCUGGACUCCGCCUCUCUACCCCAAUGGACGAAUCACACAUUACACCGUUUACGGACUCAACCUGCACAGCAACCAGACCCUGCAGAGAGUUACCCACAACACCAGCGUACUGCUCACAGGGCUGGGGAAGUAUACAGGUUAUAAGCUGCGAGUGGCUGCAUCUACUGCUGUAGGAGAGAGCUCUCUGUCUGACCGAGACGAUAUCUUCGCUGUCACACCCGAGGAUGAACCUGACUCCCCACCCAUAGGAUUGACAGUGGUAGACACCUCUCCCUCCACCACCACCCUCUCUUGGUCACCCCCGGAGAGAGCCAAUGGGGUGAUCCAACAGUAUGAGGUCCUGUACGAGAACCAAUCGUAUGUGGCAGUGUUGAACAUCUCUGUCCCCAGAGUGACUCUGACAGGGCUGAUGCCGUUCUCCUACUAUAACGUGUCUGUCAGAGCAUACACACGCCUCGGACACGGGAACCACACCUCAGACACACUCACUAUGCUGUCUGGGGAGGACGUACCGGGAAGUCCUCCCUACGGCCUGUCCUAUGAGUCCGUCAGUCCCAAUGAGGUGAAUGUGACCUGGGAACCCCCCCUAGUGCCCAAUGGAGUUAUCACGCACUACAGCCUUGAGCUGCGAAACUCUUCCCACUUCCUCAACCUGACCACACCCGUUAGCCACGUCCAGAUCACUCACCUAAGGAAGUUUGCGCAAUACACUCUGGUGGUGAAGGGACACACACGAAUGGGCCCUGGAAACCACAGCAGUGACCCACUCAACAUCACCACACUGGAGGAUGGUGAGAGCCUCUCUAACACACAAACACACCCCAGAACCACCGCAGUAAACCACUAUACAUCACCCCAAUGGAGUGAGGGAUCUGGGGUAAGAGGGGGGAGGUAUCCAUUUCCCCUAGGGACGUGGUUGGUCUUAAAUAAUAGGAAGUGUGUUUCAGACCCAGACACUCCCCCUCAGUUCCUGUUAGCCAGGAAGUUGUCAGACUACGAGGUAGAAUUGUCAUGGGAACCGCCGAAAGAGGCCAACUCUGAGAUCCUCUACUACAUAGUCAGAGUCUGGAAUGAGUCAUCUGAGGUGUGGCAUAAUGUAACAGGUACAGCGGUGGUGAUCAGCGUUGACUCAGAAAGUCGCUUCAACGCCUCUGUCUCCAGCUGGACGCGCUUGGGGGACGGGGGAGUCCUCAUAUACAUCAGCUUCAGUAUUAUUGACGCAGUGCCAUUUGACCCACCCCAGAAUGUGUCGUUGGUGAACCUGACCUUUUCUUCAGUGACUGUCCUCUGGCAACCCCCCACUCAGCCAAAUGGAAUCCUCCUUCACUACACUCUGUACUACUCAGACAAUACCACUGUCACAGAACAGCGUAUCCCAGUGUCAGAGCUGGACCCUGUCUCUCUGGGGGAAGACCUGUCCUACUGUCUGUCUGGCCUGAGAGGAGGACAGAACUACAGCCUCUGGCUGACCUCCAGCACCAUGCAGGGGGACGGAGGGGUCCGUACUGAUCCUUUAGACCUACUCACCCCAGAUGGCGGUCAGUUUCACAGACACACACACACACACACACACACACACACACACACACACACACACACACACACACACACACACACAGAGAGAGAGAGACUGCACUGUUUUUUCCAACCUCUUGUUGAACUUGAUAAAAUCACUGAUAUUAAUUCCCCCUCUCUCCCCACAGUGCCCAGUGAUCCGGUCCACAAUCUCAGUGCUCAGAUCUUCAGUUCUACAGCCAUCAUAGUAAGCUGGGACCCCCCUAUGGAACCCAACGGACGCCCCUUCUACUUGCUCACCCUGCAGGAAGCAGGACACCCCCAACCCCCCAAAACAACCAACGAUAACGUCUUCCUGUUUACCAAACUGAGGAAGUACUAUCCCUACGUCUUCACCGUUACCCCGGCAACCAGCGCCGGCCCGGCCCACAACCACACCAGCCUGCUGCACGUGAGGACUGAUGAUGAUAUUCCCAGUUCAGCUCCAGUGCUGGUGUCUAGUAGGAACCUGUCGUCCUCUUCAGUGUCUGUGGUGUGGCAGCGCCCCCUGGAGGCCAAUGGAGAGAUAACAGAGUAUUCCCUCACCAUGUUCGGCCCUGGCGGCUCCAACACCACACACACCCCCAACACCACCCUCACACUCACACAGCUGCUGCCCUACACAGCCUACAACCUCUCCAUCACCGCAGCCACCCGCAAGGGCUCCGGACCCCCGCUACUACUGAUGCUGCACACCGAUGAAGCAGGUCCGAUGUCUCCUCCCCGGAACCUGUCUUUGUAUAACCACACAGCCUUCUCUGUGUGGCUGACCUGGGAACCCUCUCUGGAACCCAAUGGUGUGGUCACAAACUACGGCUUCAGGAUCUGGGAGAUUAACACAAACACAAUCAGAUAUCAGAACUCUACAGGUCCGUGGACAGAAGGACAGCUGAGUGGGUUCAGGCCUCACAGCUCCUAUGAGAUCAGUGUGCUUAGCUACACCAGAGUGGGUCAUGGAGACCAGUACAGCACUCCUGUGUCCUUCACAACCAAUGAGUCCGUGUCUGAGGCGGUGGGUAACCUGUCCUGCUCUGGUCUGGGCUGGGAUUCUGUGUUUCUACACUGGGAGCAUCCAGCCAACCCCAAUGGACUCAUCCUGUACUACCAGGUCCAGGUGGACAGACACUCAGACUCACAGUCAUACAUACACCAGGCUGACACAAACCAGUAUACGGUCAGCGGGCUGGCGCCGGACGCAGAAUUCACACUCACCGUAACAGCUGUCAACUCUGCCGGCCCAGGAGACCAGGACAACUGUACUGCCUACACACACCCCGAGUCAGUUCCUGGUGUCCCUCGCUUCCUGAGUGUGUCAGAGGCCACGUCCACCAGCGUGACGCUUCAAUGGGCUGCUCCCCUCUCUGCUCUGGGCAUGCUCACUGAGUACCGCAUCACCGUGCAGCUGCUGUCACCUGACUGCCUGUUCAACACACCCCUUUCUGAAGCCACACCCCUCCCAGAGCCGAGCCCUUCCCUGGCUCCAGGCUGCGUGGAUCAGGAGGUGUUGGUGUCAGUGAACGGUUCUGAUGGUGUUGAGGGCAACAGGAGCAUCACUCUCCAGUCUCUGGCCAAGUACCGCCUCUACCGCUUCAGAAUCACAGCCCUUACUAAUGCUGGGCCAGGAGAACACACACCCUGGAGAUACACACACACACUAGCUGGGAACCCUGAUGCCCCUCCCAGCAACCUCUCAAUGACCAUGUCCUCCAACGGCCUCCGUAUCGAAUGGCAACUCCCAGAUGUGAUUACCGGCCCCACUUCCUACCUCAUAGACGUAAUCUCUCUGGAUAGCGAGGGGUUAAACCAGUCUGUAGUACUCGGCCCAGAGGAGCUGAGGACUGUAGUUGUGUCGAACCUGACUGCGUUCACUCGCUACUCUGUGACCGUGACCGCCUUCACUGGACGACUGGAGAACGCACGGCGGGACGGACAAGCCACUGAGCCAACUGUCAUCAGAACAAUGGAGGAGGAGCCCAGGGAUCCUCCUAAGAACGUGACCCUCCAGAUAAUUCCAGAGGAAGUGACACGUGUGUUUGUGACCUUUGCCCCCCCGGAGGAGCCUAAUGGGAACAUCAGUUCCUAUACGGUGCUGGUCUACCGCCAAGGACAGCUAGAGAUGACCAUCGACCGCCUCACCGUGGUCCAAAACGAGAACCGUACCCUGACCGCAGUCAUCGAUGGGCUGAAGGGAGGCUACAACUAUAGUAUACGGAUUGCAGCGGUAAACGGAGCAGGUUUAAGCCCCCCCAGCUCAGAGGUUCAGAUCACUACAGGGAUCAAAGCUCCUGCCAAGCCCACCCAGAGACCCCAGGUGGUGCUGGACCGAGGAGGAGUUGCCAUGGUAACCUCCAGAAGCAUCAUUGUUCGCAUGCCAGCCUGUUUCUACAGCAAUGACAACGGACCAAUCAACAGCAUCCAGGUCAUCGUGUCCGAAUCUGGGGUGAUGGACAGCAUGAACCUGACCAACUGGAAGACAGCAUUUCUCUCUCGUCCCGCCCCCUACCUAACAGACAAUGGCUUCCCCAACCCACUCUGUGUGAGGGACCGUAUGAGCAGGGACACACAAACCAGCAGACUCACUUUCUCACGCAUUAGACACAGCAUUGUGAGGGACAGGGUUCUGGAACAUAGAGACUCAGGGGGGGAGCGCACAGACCACCAGGAUGAUCACUAUGUCAUCGGAGAGAAGGACAACUGUCUAACUGAAGAGUACAGUAACACACUCUGUAACGGACCCCUCAAACCAAACACUGUCUACGUGUUUAAGUUCCGAGCCACCAACAUCCGGGGCCAGUACACAGACUCUGACUACUCUGAGCAUAUCAGAACAGCAGUGGAUGGGUUGUUGACCAGAGAUGAACAGAUCAUUCUGGGAGUUCUCCUCUCCUUCUUCCUGGCCCUGCUGCUCAUCCUCAUCAUCUACGCCUCUGUCAGGAUCCGUCAGCGUCAGAAGGAGGGCGGGACCUACUCUCCCCGGGAGGCGGAGAUUAUAGAGACCAAGUUUAAACUGGAUCAACUGAUUGCUGUGGCUGACCUGGAGCUGAAGGAAGAGAAACUACACCGACUUCUCAGCUACAGAAAGUCUCUUAAGCCGGUCAAUAAGAAGUCUUUCCUGCAGCAUGUAGAGGAUCUGUGUGCCAACGAGAACACCAAGUUCCAGGAAGAGUUUGCAGAGUUGCCCAAACUGCUGCAGGAUCUGGCAACUUCAGACGCUGACCUUCCCUGGAACAGAUCCAAGAACCGCUUCACUAACAUCAAACCCUACAACAACAACCGUGUGAAGCUCUUGUCUGAACCUGGCAUGCCUGGAUCUGACUACAUUAACGCUAGCUUCAUCUCAGGUUACCUGUGUCCUAGUGAGUUCAUAGCAACCCAGGGUCCUCUCCCCGGUACUGUGGCUGACUUCUGGAGGAUGAUUUGGGAGACUCGCACACGAACCAUCGCUAUGCUCACACAGUGCUAUGAGAAAGGAAGGAUCCGGUGUCACCAGUACUGGCCAGAGGACAAUAAGCCGGUGACAGUGUUUGGGGACAUCAUCAUCACCAAGCUGACAGAGGACGUUUAUCCUGACUGGACCGUCAGAGCUCUCAAAGUGGAGCGGCAUGGGGACUACAUGGUGGUUCACCACUUCAACUACACCUCCUGGCCAGAGCAUGGCGUACCAGAUUCCAGCACCACACUCAUACAGUUUGUUAGAGCCAUCAGAGCCAACAGGCAUGAGAACACCACUAUCGUGGUGCACUGCAGUGCUGGUGUAGGCAGGACAGGAGUGUUUAUAACGCUGGAUCACCUGAUCCAACACGUCAGUGAUCACGACUUUGUGGACAUCUACGGUCUGGUGGCUGAACUACGCAGUGAGAGGAUGUGUAUGGUGCAGAACCUGGCCCAGUAUAUGUUCCUACACCAGAGUACUCUGGAUCUGCUGAACAGUAAAGGAAACAGCCAGUCCAUCUGGUUCAUCAACUACUCUGCUCUGGAGAAGAUGGACUCACUGGAAGCUAUGGAGGGUGAUGUUGAGCUGGAAUGGGAGGAGACUACGAUGUAAAGGCUGAGAACUUAUCAGUCAACUUCACACCUGAUGAACACACACCUAUCCCUUGGUCAUGGGGCCAAAUCCUGGACACACUGACUGUUUGUCAGAUGGAUUGCUCCACCAGAGAUAGAGGAGGGAGAGAGAUGAUAAAGAGGAGGGAGAGAGAUGAUAGAGAGAGAAUUGUGUAGUCCAAACAGAGUAAUGUUUCCUCCAGCUUCUUUGGGAACACAACUUGACCUUUUCUGGCAGGAGGGUCAAAACAACACAACAGAAACUUAGUUGUUUACCUGGCCUGAAUCAUCACACCAUUACAGUCCUCGUGAAGUCCUGCAUCUUUUGUAUAAAUCCACAGGCAGAAAAGAGAGGGAUAUAUAUCACACAUGGAAGUUUACAGGUAUCUUGCAAUAGUCAUUCCACUGUGUAUUUCAUUGGAUUCUUGUAUCAUGUUUUUGUAUAUUAAGUUUUUCGGCCAAAUAGUGUUGUCACUGUGUUCAUAUGUUUGCUUCGCUGUGUUACUACGUUUAUAUCACGUGUUGCUAUGUUUGUCAUUGUAAUUGGGGGGGUUUGAGGUAUAAUGUAUUUGUGGGGUGUUCUUGUGUAUUUGAUGUAUUUUGUUCCACAUCUGUGUUUUGGACCCGAAGUAAAAUCAACUCCACUACUCACCUA